AUGACUUGAAAACCUUGUUUGAUGAUUUCAAUCUUAAUGUAAGAUCUGAUGUUGUCAAGAGUAUAUUGCGAAGAGUAUCUGUUGAUGAAGAUGGAAAUGUGUCUGCCAAAGAGGCUUUCUUGGCAUUGAACAGCAUAGAGAGACUUUCAGAUUUUAAAGAACGAGAGCAGCUGGUCACUUCUCUUAACAAAUCACCGAGAAGGACAUUAGUAUGGAUGAUUUGCAAUCCAUGCUGCAGGGCAUUGGGGUUACUGUACCCGUGCAAGAAAUCCAGGAAGCAGUAAAAAGUAUCCCUGCUAGUGAUGACAGAAAGGUCAAAGUAAAAGAGUUCAUGACAGCAUUGACAACAACUCCAUUUUUUACUAAAGCUUCAGAGAUAGAACAUCCUUUGGACAUCCUUACCUCCAUCCGGAGUAAUGAAGUUCCUGUUAAGGACCUCACCACCAUUAUAAAAAACAUGGGGAUUCGUUUAACACCCAAAGAGCUUGACAGCAUCCUGCAGAUUGUGCCUUUGAAGGAGGGUGAGAAGGUGGAUUUACAAAAAUUCAUGGAAAUUGUGUCUAAGAUGAAGUCCUUAGUCCAAGAUGAAAAUAAUAUGAUUGAAGUUGCAAACUUAAGUGCCAUUCUGGAUAGCAUGGGUAUGCAUUUGACCCCAGAAGAGAUCCAGAAGGCAAUGAAGCUUGUCACAGUGGAUGAUAAUGGAAAAGUGGAUUUGAACAAAUUUAUGAAUUCAGCACAAUAUAAUCAGAAAUACUCUCAACUUGAAGGAGAGUUGGUCAAUUUCAAGAAAUUGCGGGCUUUCCUAAACAACUCAGGAAUCCACCUAACUGAGCAAGAAACCCAGGAGAUACUGAAGCAUGUUCCUAUUGACGAAAAUGGGGAUGUGAACAAAAAGGAAUUCAUUGUGUAUAUGCUCAAUACUCGAAACCCAGCCCAAUAUGAAAAAAAUAAGGUCGAUGUUCAAAAAUUGGAAUAUCUCCUGGGCCUCAUGGAUAUCUAUCUCCCUGAAGAGGAAAUUCAGGAUGUGCUCCAGCACAUUCCAAUUGAAAAUGGGAAGGUGAAUUUGAAAAUAUUUAUGAAUGCUGCCCAAGAUAUCAAGAAGAUUCCUCUUUAUGACGGGAUGAAGACGGCUGUUCAAAACCUGUCCAACAUCCUGGGUAGCAUGAGGGUGAAUGUUACUGAUGAAAAGCUUCAAGAGCUUCUGAGAAAUUUGUCACUUGGUGAGGAUGGGAGUAUAGAUCAGAAUAAGGUGAUGGAGAUUGUAAGAAGUCAGAAAAAGGAAAUACCUGAAGGAAAUGAGGUCGAUCACUCUCAAUUGGAUGACAUUCUGAAGGACUUGGGGGUUUAUCUCACUGAAGAUGAACUUCAGGAACUAUUAAAACACCACCCAGAGAUUGCUGCUGGGAGGAUAGAACUGGAUAAAGUUAUAGAUUCUCUGAAGAAUUUUGAAGGUCAGUAA